AUGGAAUAUUCAGGCCCCGUGGUUCGAAUUAAUCCAUUUGAGAUCCAUGUACAAGACCCUGAAUUCUACAGAGUCCUGUAUACCGGGUCCUCCUCUCGAAGGGAUAAGUGGCCGUGGGCCGCCAGGAUGUUUGGCAACAACACCUCGGUCUUUUCAACCAUUUCCCAUGCGCAUCACCGCGUCAGACGAGCAGCCUUGAAUCCAAUAUUUUCCAAGACGGCUAUAUUUGAGUUACAGGAUGAUAUUAAUGUUUUUAUUGGGCAUUUAUGCAAUCGACUUGAUGGAUUUGCUGUCGCAAAGAAACCUGUCAACGCGGGUCUUGCGUUUGCCUGUCUCGCUGGGGAUGUCAUCUCAAAGUACUGUUUUGGUGAACCAUUCCGGCUACUAGACGACCCUGAAUUUGCACCAGAUUGGGUGAACACAAUAUCAGCGCCAUCAGAGCUUAGCCAUCUUAUUAAGCAGUUUCCCUGGCUUGUUCCGCUGCUGGCGAAACUUCCCCUUUGGCUCGUGUAUUGGAUCUCUCCUGCAUUUGGCUGCCUAUAUACUAUUCAGCAGGUAACGUCUCCCGAAUCCGGCUGUUUCGAGUAUAAUUUACUAAAUGUAUUGCAGUGGAUGAAUUUGAACGUCCAGGAGAUCAUAGACAAGCGAAUUGGCAGCGAAAACAAGAACAAUUCACAAGGUGCUGAGGGCAAACUUGACGUCAAGACAUCCUCGUGUGUCUUUGAUAUGCUGCUUCAAAGUAGACUGCCCGUUUGUGAAAAGACGGUCGAAAGGUUGAAGGGCGAGGGACAGACCUUGAUCGGAGCUGGCACUCUAACUAUGGUCAAUGUGCUCAAGACCGUUGUCUUCCACACGGUGGCUAAUCCGUUGCGAUUAUAUGACUUACUCAAAGAACUGGAUGAGGCGUUCCCAGAUCAAUCUGCAGCGCUAUCCUUGCGUAAACUGGAGAAGUUGCCAAUAUUGACCUCGUACAUUACUGAGGGUCUGCGGCUGGCAUAUGGUGUGACGCAUAGACUGCAACUGCUGGCAGACGAACCACUGAGCUUGCACGGCUGGCACAUUCCACCAAGAACUCCCGUGAGCAUGACUUCCAUUUUCAUGCAUGAUAAUGUCAAAAUAUUCCCAGAACCUCGACAGUUUUGCCCGGAGAGAUGGCUUGACAACCCCGAAAGUCGCACUGAGCUAUUAAAACAUUUCGUUCCAUUUGGCAAAGGCACUCGGAUGUGUCUUGGCAUGCACCUUGCUUGGGCUGAGCUUUAUCUCGUUUUGGGAACUCUUUUCCGUCGCUAUAACAUAUCUUUAUAUGAGACAACGGUGGAAGACGUGGAAAUGGCCCACGACUUCUUUGAUCCUGUACCGAAGCUGGACUCCAAGGGCCUUCGAAUUAUUAUAAGUACUCGUCACCGAAAAUAA